AGCAGCGGGUCCAGCAGGGCCGCUCCAGUGCCGCACUCACUCAGCCCUCUCCGCGCGCUAACUGACGUGUUUUGCGCAUUUCCUGGACCAGCCUUCAGACACACACAGUCGGGAGAAAAAUAGGCAGGUCUGCAGGAAACUGAGUACCGACGGACAAACAAGGAUCCUGGAAGAAUCAAGUGAGUACGAAACCCUUGUAAACACUGGUUCUCCUGUCUGGGGCGAAUCGAAAGACGCUUUUGCAGGGACAACUUUCCUCCCAAUGCGCGGAGGAGACACAUCCAGCGCUCCAGCCAGACGAGGGAACAGGCUGCUCACCCUGAGGAGAUCCAGCAUACAUUUCUGGCAUAUUUUGAGGUGUGGAAUGCUGGUCCUAUCGCUGCUGAUACACUGUAGCUGUCCGUUUUCGCUCACACUUGCAUUGCUGACUGCCUACAGCGGUGUUUGGACAGCUUCAAGAUCACAUGCAGGUUGUCCGUAGGUCAUAGCAAUAGACUCCCUUUCUGCCUGGACCUUCUACACUUUGCGUGCAGAUCCACGAGGACGACGAAGGGCAUUUACUGUUAUUUCCUAAAGAGAAACAAUCCCGAAUACAAACCGGUGGACCGUGACACAGCCUAAACUGGUUGAAUAAUUAACCAGGCGCUGAAGUGGAAUAUUGUUACUAAAGCUCUCAAAAGUGGCCAUGGUGAUUUUUAACGGUCUGCUGAAGAUUAAGAUCUGCGAGGCUUUGGACCUGAAGCCCACAGCCUGGUCUCUGAGACACGUCGUCGGCCCCAAGACGCAAACCUUCCUGCUGGACACUUACAUCUCCCUCAACGUAGAUGAUUUUCGCGUGGGUCAGACCUCGACCAAGCAGAAGACCAACAGUCCCGUCUGGCACGAUGAGUUUGUGACGGAGGUGCACGACGGCCGGAAGAUCGAGCUGUCGGUGUUUCAUGACGCGCCGAUUGGCUACGACGACUUUGUAGCCAACUGCACCAUUCAGUUCGAGGAGUUGCUGCAAAACGGCAGCAAACACUUCGAAGACUGGAUAGACUUGGAGCCAGAGGGAAAGGUUUAUGUCAUUAUCAACUUGUCUGGAUCAUCCAGUGAAGCAGGAAGCUGUGAGAAUGAGGAGCGUGUAUUUCGUGAACGCAUGCGUCCCAGGAAAAGGCAGGGAGCUGUCCGGAGGAGGGUGCAUCAAGUCAGCGGACACAAGUUCAUGGCCACCUACCUGAGACAGCCCACCUACUGCUCGCACUGCCGCGACUUCAUCUGUUUUGACAUAACCAGUAUCUCUCAGGGUCCAGAUCCGCAGCCCUUACCCAUAUACCCGCAGUUAGAAGAGGAUCGAUCCAAAUCUGCACCCACAUCACCAUGUGACCAGGCGCAGUUAGAAGAGGAUCGAUCCAAAUCUGCACCCACAUCACCAUGUGACCAGGAUAUAAAGGACCUGGAGAACUUCAGAAAGGCACUUUCGUUUGACCAUCGCGGUGAGGAGCUGAAGCCAGCCUCGUCCUCCUCUCUGUCCGAGGAGACGCGGGAGGCCAGAGAGAACAGAGAGGUGAAGACGCUCCAGACCAAAAGGAUGAUGCUGGAAGACUUCUCCUUCAUCAAAGUGCUCGGGAAAGGCAGCUUCGGCAAGGUGUUGCUGGCAGAGUUAAGAGGCACUGAUGAGGUUUAUGCGGUGAAAGUGUUGAAGAAAGACGUGAUCCUGCAGGACGAUGACGUGGACUGCACUAUGACUGAGAAACGCAUUCUAGCGCUGGCCAGAAAACACCCUUACCUGACCCAACUCUACUGCUGCUUUCAGACCAAGGACCAUUUGUUCUUCGUCAUGGAAUAUGUGAACGGCGGAGACCUGAUGUUCCAGAUCCAACGUUCACGCAAAUUCGAUGAAGCUCGUUCCCGGUUUUACGCUGCUGAGGUGACCUCAGCCCUCAUGUUCCUGCACCAAAAUGGGGUCAUUUACAGGGAUUUGAAGCUAGACAACAUUCUGCUGGAUGCAGAGGGUCACUGUAAACUGGCAGACUUUGGCAUGUGUAAGGAGGGAAUCCUGGAAGGCAUCACAACCACAACAUUCUGUGGCACACCAGAUUACAUUGCCCCGGAGAUCCUGCAGGAGCUUGAGUACGGCCCGUCAGUGGACUGGUGGGCUCUAGGUGUGCUGAUGUAUGAGAUGAUGGCUGGUCAGCCUCCUUUUGAAGCUGAUAAUGAGGACGACCUUUUUGAGUCUAUUCUCCACGAUGACGUCCUAUAUCCCGUGUGGCUCAGCAAAGAGGCCGUCAGCAUUCUUAAAGCGUUCAUGACGAAGAGCCCCAGUAAGCGGUUGGGUUGCGUAGUGUCCCAAGGACUAGAGGAAGCUAUUAAAGUACAUCCGUUCUUCAAAGAGAUUGAUUGGGUACUUCUGGAACAGAGGAAGAUCAAGCCACCUUUCAAACCACGUAUUAAAACCAAAAGGGAUGUCAACAAUUUUGACCAGGACUUCACCCGUGAGGAGCCGGUGCUCACCCCGGUGGAAGAUGCCAUUAUCAAGCAGAUCAACCAGGAUGAGUUCAAGGGCUUCUCUUACUUCAGCGAAGAGACCCUGUCCUAAUACUAAAACCUCCAUCUCCUGCGCUGUGCUUGGUGAACGCAAACUCUGUGAAUGCCCAUGAGCUGAUCGUGGACCAUCAUUGACCAAAAAUUUGAUGCUUUAAUUUAAAAGUAGAGAGUUAGGCGUUAUAAUCUUUCCUGCUGAACCCCAAAAACCGUACGUGUGUGCACAGAUACUCACUCAUUUGCACCGAAUGAAACUGAGUCCUUUUUAUUUAAUGUAUUUAAAACACUGAAGGGAGCUCAUGUGACGUCACUGAAGCAGCUGGAUAGAGCUCAUAAGAAGGCCAUUUCAUGUUUCAUUUCUCCUCCCAUCAUGCAGUGUAUCAGUGGUACACCUGGAGUCAACCCAUUUACACUAGCACCGUUUUGAAAUUCAAAAACCAAAUGUAAAGAACACGUUUUGCAGAUGUGAUGCUUAUAAACGUGUGAAUUGGGAGUUUUAAGCACAGCAUUGGGAUCUGAUCACAUGAUGGUCUGAUAGCCAGAGACAGUGAUUCGGAUGGUACUGGGAAGGACUCAGAACUGCCUUUCAUGAGACCAUCACGCCAUUUCCAUUUGAAACAGCAGUGUGACAUAUACGCAAGUCACCAAAACAAGUGUUGUGUGUGUGUGUGUGUGUGUGUGUGUGCGUGCGUGUGCGUGUGCGUGUGUGUGUGUGUGUGUCGUUUUUCUCAUUAUAUUACUGGAUUGUUUUGUUGCUAGGAUGUGGAAAUUGUUGGUUUCUCUACAAUGCAACAAGACCUUUCAUUAUGAAUGGGUCAGGACAGUAGCCAAUCCUGUCUCUACAGUCUACAGUACGUACAAGUCCUGAUUACCCUGAUCAUUAGCCUGUGAACUUU